AUGACACGUAAAGAAUUUCUGAGUUGGAUUCAGACGAAACUGAUUGAAUUGAUACCAUGGGCAAACAAAUUGCCUUUACACGAAGUUUUCUAUGGUCCUCCACUGGAAUAUAAUCCACCCUCUGAUCAGUCAAUUCAUUCACAGUUGGCGCUGUCAAUUCGACGUCGGUUAAAUCCUCCACUUCAACGUUGUUUACAUCAAGCACUUGUGAAUCCUGGAAUUUAUUUACAGAAUUCACAAUUAGUACACUCUCAAAGUCUUGGAUUCAAUCUGUUAUGUGGUAAACCUUGUUAG